AUGUCCAAAAACUUUAGGAUUCUAAUAUGCGUCCUGGCUCUAUUUUCUAUGGUUGCUGCCGAUAUGAACAUGCCUAUGGAUGAGCCAGACCAAGAUCGUGAUCUAUCAGUCUAUCUCAAAAACUUCAAGUGGGAUUCUUUCCAUUGGCUAAUGUCACUUGUUUUGGUUUUGAUUCUUCCAUCAAUCAGCACGGCGUUUGCCUUUGCCGAGAGAAACAUACUUGCCACUAAUUUCUUCUUGAUUUCUACUGGUUACUCGCUUUUUGAGGCGUUAUUUCUCCGAUUCAAUGAUCCAAAUGACCAUGAAAAUCGGACGUCAUUGGGGACCGCUUGGUUCUUGAUGAUGUUAUUAGCAACCACCACUUUCUUUGGUUUGCUUCUUUCUGGUAGUAAAUUUUUGCCACAAUCUUUUAGAUCCAAAGAAAAUGUCAUUGCUAGACGUGGAGAGAAGUUCGUUUCAAGAACAUUCAGAACCUUUGCAGUCUUAUCGAGUUUGACCGGCUGGGUAAGAAUGUGCAUGACAGUGGUUGCCAUGCUUGGAUUUUGUUAUGCUAACGAAACAAACCAUACAGGCCAAUGUUUGGCUCAUGGGAUUAUGGGCUCGGCCUUCAUUUUCUACGGAUUUGUGAUGUUGUUAUGGUUGAUGAUCCCUUGGUUUAGAAACCAAAAGACUAGAUACCCUCCGGAAUUCUGGGAUUCUAUUGUGAUUAGUGUCUGGGGCUGUGUCAACACUUUUACUGAACAUAGACCAUGGGAACCUUGGAGCCAUGGUGAUUACCAGCAUACUGCAAUGGGGAUCAUUUGGUGGUGUAUGGGCUUGGUGGGGAUUUAUCUUUCGAAAGAUGGGCAUCGUUCAUUUGUUCCGGGGCUCAUCAUUGCGAUUACGGGCUGGGCUAUGUCUGUUCAUGUGCAACAUUUGGAAAUUAGUACCAAGGUACACUAUUUCUUCGGUUUGGCCCUUAUGUUUGCUGGGUUUGGGAGAGUUAUUGAAAUUGCCUUUGUCUUGAAGGACCAGCGUUCAAUUCCAGGGAAGAUCAUGUCAUUCCAAUACGUCGCUCCUUUUGGAUUGGUCGAAGCAGGUUUAAUGUUUAUGGGUGCCAAUGAGGAGCAAUUGAUUCUUGUCAAAGAUAUGGGAGCAGGACACUCAUCUUACAUCAUGUUGCUAACAUCUGGAGCGGCAUUAAUCAUCUUGUGGAUGGUGCUCAUCAUUGAACUUUAUUUGAAACUUGUUGGGGUUGAUAAGUAUAGUGGAGGAGAUCUGUCAAUUAUGAAUAGAGACGAAUAUUCAACAUUGGAACAUCAACCGGCUGUACAAUUGGAAAAUGAAGUAGAAGAAACCAGAGGGGCUGAGGAUUUUGAACUUGAUUCAUUGGAUGACUAUUAG